UCCAAUCCACAUGUGCUUUGCAGUUUGCCCAGUUCGCCGGUUCGCUCGGUUCGCCGUUUGGUUGUUCGAUGGGCGCGAUCGACAUUCGGAGUCAUUUGUCAAUUUUCAAAUCUUCGGAAUAUCUCUAUGACAGUCGUGUUAGAUUCCAAACCAGGUAGACUUUCUUCUCGUCGUCGUGAAACGCUUAAUCAGGAAACGGACAUUUGCAGCCAUGAGCACACCGGCCUUUUCAUGCCAAGCAUGUGGCAUGACAUUCACGGGUCCGGAGCCCUACAAUCAGCACCUUGCGUCGGAACGCCACAAGCGUAAGGUCCGGAUGGGGUCUUCCGUCAUUGCGCCUGAAGCCUGCCUGCCCUGCGGGAUGACCUUCACGGGUCCUGCACCCUACAGGGACCACAUGGCCAGUGCAGGACACGCCAAGGUGAUGGCCAAACAGGAGGUGACGUCGACGGCGUCAUGUUUGCCCAAACCACAAUCCUCGGUCAAGAUCGGGGGAACUGUUUCUCAAGGCACGGUGGCCUGCCCCGUUUGCAACAUUGCAGAGUUCCCGAGCAUGCACGCGGCCUUCUGCCACUACGAGUCACAGGAACACAGGAAAAACAAGCUGAUGGCGGCGUGCGGCAUCUCGGCUGCGCCUGUGGUUCCCGUUUCUGCCACAUUGCAGGUGGCGGCGUCACUGCCACGGCCUCCCCUGCUCACGCCGAAGCUCCCAAGCUCCGUGCUGGUCUGCAGAGCCGACGAGGACUUUGGUGAAUUCUGCGAGAAGCACGGUUUCUUCAAGUCCGACAACUAGAAACUUUGGUGACAAAAAAUGGCUGCAUUGUUGGAUUCGGUGCAAUUGGUUAUGAUGUCAACGUUGGUGCUAUAAUCUCUUGUGGGUUAAACAAGCCCUUCCCAUAAAGAUCUCUGCUUGCCAUGAUUGGUGAUUUCCUUCCCUCCAAGGUUUGCUCUGCUUAAAGGCCGACUACCACUUCGCGCUUUUCACUUUUCCCUCGCUUCCUCCUCACCCCUCCUUCUACCCUUCCCACCGUUGCCUGCUUCCCCCUUGUCCCCUAACCCAGAGCCCUACCCCUGCUCCCAUAAUCCCACAGUGGCUAAGCCAUAGACUCUAGCUAGAAAAAAAAAAGGGGGAUUACGAUACAAAAGAGUAGCCCCAACAUGAUUUACAAGCGGCAUUGAGUCUGUGAGUUGCAAUGCAGUUGGCGUCAGUGCAGGUUUUUAGUCAGCAUGCCGUGCGCUGGUAUUUCUUUAAAUGUUCCCCUUGGCGUUUUUUUUCUUUCUUUUUCUCGGGGGGGAGGGGGGGGGGGACAUUGCUAAGUAUGAUUGGAAGCGGUGCUUUGUUUUUUAGUGCUUUGUUUUGUUUUAUCGAGGAGGUAUCCACGAGUUUGGAAAAUGCUGUCUGCGCAUGCACAGCCCCACGCAGACGCUGUUUGGAAAGUUGCGAGUAUGAAAACACGUGAUUGCGUGUUCGAGCGAAAUAAGCCACGGCCUCCCAAGAGGGGGAUUUGGAUCCCGUUUCCUAGAUGCAGUGGCCUGUGAGUGAUUGAGUUCCCUCACUGUAUCCUUUGUACACAUUGUGGCUUAUCUUCACCUUAUCUUUCGCUCCGAAGUUUGUACAAAGAAGCUUCUUUACCCUUUCUUCCUCGUGGCCCUGAAAUUUUCAUACCGGUGCAUUCCGACCCAGGCUUCUGACAGGGGGCAGCAGUUAUUUAAAAACAAACGUCCAUUUACAUUGAUUGCAAAUUGCGCUGAUCAAAGAAGCACCCAGCGAAGACAUAACCGCGCAGUGCAAGGAACAAACUUUGUUCUCGUUUCCUGGUCCUGGAAGGUUCUUUCGAAGACGUGGGAGGUAAGCCUUGCAGGUUUGGUAGUCCGCCUUUUAGUGGAAAGCGUGGAGGGCCUUAUGGCAGGAGCUUUUCCUGUAUUUUCUUGACCUGCAACAGUAUAUGGAGGUGGGGGCUGCUUGUUGAAGUUAGAAAGGUGAAAGAGAUCCUUGUCUCGGUGCACUCGCUAGCUUCCACGUGCCACAGGCUCGGUUAGUUUUAAGGCAGCCAAAGUACAUGUUUCAAGGAAUGAAAUUAUGCAGACGAGAUAUGCAAAAUUAGUUUAGCGUAUAGAAAAAAUAAAUAGGCUGCACAUCAUACAUUAAAAUGAAUAAGAUUGUCGCGAGUGUUUUCGCUUUUACAUAUUUGUAGCAACAAAACUCGGCACAAAAAUAGGCGGCCGAGAUGUAACAUUUCUCCUUGCUCCGCCGAAGAACUUUCCUGGAAAGAAAUUAAUUUGAUUGAAUUUAGGAAGCAGCUUUUUUUAUUACAGAAGGGGGGCUAUUACAUAUAUAUAUAUAUUUUUAGACAAAUGCAAAUACCUAUUUUGAUAGACUUGUUCGAUUUAAGAUUACCUACCUUCUAUCUUCUUUGCUAAGGACAUUUGUGGCAGGACAUGUUCAGCAGCUAAAAGAGUACUCGUGGCACUGAGUCUCUGGGACAAUCCCCUUCCAAGUGGCGCGAGAAAAGAACGCUCAGCAAAAAAGCAGUGAGAGUGCAGGCAAGCUGGUAGAGUUUAUCGUGAUGCUUUGUUACCCGAGACUAGGGUAUGAAGACCGCCCUUUAUAGCGGAGCGAGACCUCGAAAGAGAUGCAAUGUUCUGCAAAUAAAACUAUUUUGCUUUGUA